UGAAUAUGUGGUCUGCCAUAUUUUGGGUAUUUAUGUUUAGCUGUGAUAACUGCUAUGUAAGAUGUAAAAAUAAAACAUUGUUCACGUAUUACGUAUUUACGGACAACCCAGAGAAGAUGCCGGACAUAAAGCUCGCCCCUCAGAGAAGCAUAAAGGUUAUCAAAGUGGAGAGGCACGCCAGGUGGCAGGACAUCUCUAUGAUGCGAAUGAAGGCGAUAUCAGGUGUCAUAGAGUCAGACAUUCGCCACCGCUGCACUCAUGUCUUCUGCUUUGACGUGGACCAGGUGUUUACUGCGAGAUUUGGCUCGGAGGCUCUGGGAGAUUCUGUGGCUGUGCUGCAUGCACACUACUAUCGCCUUCCAAGGGAGCAGUAUACCUACGACCGCAACCCAAAGUCCAAGGCGUACAUGGAAAAUGGGGAUUUCUACUACCACGCUGCUGUGUUUGGAGGCUCGUGGAGGAGUGUAAAAGCGCUGACUGAGGCCUGCUAUCAGAGCAUCAUGGAGGAUAAAGAGAAUGGUGUGGAGGCAUUGUGGCACGACGAGAGUCAUCUCAACAAGUACAUGUGGCUUCAUAAACCAAGCAGGGUGCUCUCUCCGGAGUACUGCUGGGACACCAGUAUCGGCUACACGAGUGACAUACGAGUCUCUCGAUUACUGUGGGCACCAAAACAUUAUGAUUCACUCCGUACAAAUUAGCGAGAUUUGGAAAUGGUGCAAAAUCACCAACUACUAAACUGAACUCUCAGGUUUUCAGAGCAGUGAUUUGCUCAUGCACAAGUGUGGAUUUUCCUAAUGUAGUGACAUUCACCGCCUUCGCUUUAGAUAAUUGUUAAAAUUAGUAAAUCUAUGCAAAUGCUGCCUUUGCUCUAUUGUCAAUUUAUGUAUACAAAACAUACUGUCAGGGGUACAAAGAUGUGUAAACACAAAAUACUUUAUUAAGUAAAUGUAAGUGUGCUCAAAAGUAUCACAGCAGCUUUUUUAAAUCAUUUUAUUUCUCCCUCUUUUUGCAAAAUACAGGUUAGUUUUUCAAAGUCACAUAACACCAAUCAGCCAUAACAGGUGAUGAUGGUAAAGUGAAUAACACUAAUUAUCUGGUUAUCAUGGCUCCUUUCAGUGGGUGGGAAAUGUUAGGCAGCAUUUUGUAAUCAAAGUUGAUGUGUUAGAAGCAGGAAAAAGGAAAAAUGGGCAGCGUGAGGAUUUUAGCAAAUUUGACAAGGGCCAAAUUGUGAUGGCUAGAUGACUGGGUCAGAGCAUCCCCAAAACUGCAGCUCUUGUGGGGUGUUCCUGGUCUGCAGAGGUCAGUAACUAUCAAAAGUGGUCCAAGGAAGGAAAAGAGGUAAACAGGAGACAGGGUCAUGGGGGGCCAUGGCUCAUUGAUGCACGUGGGGAGCGAAAGCUGGCCUGUGUGUUCUGAUCCAACAGAUGAGCUACUGUAGAUCAAACUGCUUGAAAAGUUAAUGCUGGUUCUGAUAGAAAGGGGUCAGAACACACAGUGCAUCAAGUUUGUCUGUAUGGGGCAGCAGAACAUUAUGACCACCAGGGUGCCCAGGAGGUCAUAAUGUUAUGGCUGAUCGGUGGAUAUAUAUGUGUGUGUGAAUUUAUCAGAUUCCCCUCUUUCUAUGGAGUAAGAUAGCUAUCAAAAGGAUGUGCUCAUGAUUCUAACCAUUCGUAUUCGUAAUGUUAAACAUUUGUAUGUCAAUACAAUUGUUGUACAUAAAAUUCUGCUGUCAUAUACGCGAGUCUGGGGGGUUAUCAUGGUGCUAUAAGCUGCAUGUGAUAAAACUGGUCUGCAUUACACACUCUGUAAUUAACAUUUGCACACAAAAGGGGGUGAGGGAAGCGGGGGAGGAGGAGGAAAAAGGAGAGGAGGAGGAGAAGGAGGAAGAGAAAAGGAGAAGGACGAGGAGAGGAAGAAGAGGAGACGGACAAGGGGAGGAGGAGGAGGAGGCAGAGAAGGAAGACGAGGAAGAGAAGGAGGAGGAGGAGGAAAGAGGAAGAGAAGGAGGAGGAGGAGAAGGAGGGGAGGAGGAGGACGAAGAGGAGAGAAGAGGAAGAGAAGGAGGAGAAGGAGAAAGAUGAUAUAAAUAUGUAUGAUAUAAAAAAUAAUUGUGUAUAUAUAUAUAUAUAAAACAAAUCAAUCUAUGUUGUAUCACAAAUAUAUGUCUGACAUUUAUAUUAAACCAAACGGCUUGAAAAUCGGUUGGAACUUCAGUGAGUUGUGGUGAUUGUAAUCGUUGAUCGACCUCUUCCUCUGUUGACUAAUGCAGUAAGGAGAUGAUGGCGGCCGCGUUGACGAAUCGUUCCAAUGGACAGCAGCGUCAGAGGCGGCAUCUACGUAACGUUAUAUAUCUACAUAGAUGUGUAUAUAUCUAUGAUGAUAUAUCUAUGAUAUAUCUAUGGGUCACAGGCAGGUCACAGGGCAAAAUAAUCGAACCCCGAUUCCUCCAAACGCGCAUGCGCCAAAGCCAAACGUGGCUGACAGCAGUGGACCGGGUGGAGCUGCCAGCUCAGGUGAAGCAUCACAGGUAAAGUCAAUAACGUGUAUAUCCAAUAUUUAUUUCAUCAAAUUGUACUAUGUAAAAUAAUAUACAGUUCAUGGACGCUAAGUUAGUGCUAGUAUGGCAGCUCCUAUCAUUGUUGUAGUUUCAGUGUGUUUUUUGCUAUUUUUAACUCUUUUCUUACUUUCUUACUACUUUGUUCACGUCGCCUGAAUACUUUUUUGGGGUUUUUGAGCACUUUUUAUUUUUUGUUUGCACGGCGGGGAGUCGCAUUGUUUACACCCGCGACCAGAUGAUCGCCCUGAGGCACCCGAGCAUCCUGACCGGAGAGAGAGCCUCCAUACCGGAGGAGCUGAGGAGGAGCAGAACAGUCAGCGACCAUGUACUCCUAUACAAUGUGAUUUUUGUGCAGUAAGUUGAUCUUGGAGUACUUGGGAAAGGUUCUGGAAGCCUACAAUGAAGAGAGUGGCAACAAAGCUAUCUGCACCAUCAUGUGCCUGCUUGCUCACUUCAAGGAGGGGGGUGGUAUCUUCCUUACGACUGAUCCCUGUGCCACGGCUGCCGAUAUCGAGAGAGCUGUCACCCUGCCAAGCACACCUUGAUUAGUUGUACCAGAGCCUUUUGCGGCAUAAAUCCCCAGACGGGCAGCAAGGCAGAGAAAAAACGAGGGCUGAACGCACCAGUUUGCACACUUUUGAGAAAACUGCUGGAUUUUGAAUUGGUGGGUAGGGGACAUUAGUGGGCAGAGGGACAUUAGUGGGCAGAGGACAUUACAGGACAUUAGUGGGCAGGGGACAUGUCUCUAUCAGCAAACUUGAUCACAAUAUUGGAUUGAUGUGCUUGAAAAGGCUGAAUAUUCCUCUUUUGUUGGAUUAUUCAUGUUUAGAUUUCUGAAAUAUGUUUUACAACUCACGUUCAACCAGUUUGGUACAGUAAUAGCAGCAGGGCUGCUGAGAAAGGAAUCUAUGAUGGCAGCUUUGCCAAUUUUUUCCCAUCUGAGCAGUCCUUUUUGUCUAUGCUUUUGCUGGUAGUUCUCAGAAGUAUGUCUUUGUAUUGCAAUGUUAUACAUUUUCUUUUAACACAAAACCAGGCUUGUUUCAGCCAUGUGUUACUAAAAUAGUCUUAGUACAUACAGGGACAGUGAAUUUUACAUGUUAGAGAUUGUUGUUGAAAAUAAAUAAUGAGGAAUGACUGUUUGUGCAUUGUGCACUGUGUUAUCUCUUCAAUUUCAAAAGAGAAAAUAAAAAUAUCAAAAAACAACAAAAA